UGAAAAUACCUCCUGGAGAAAAAUUUCACUGAUUCACGAAUGAUGGAAAGCUCUCGCCAUGGAGAGAGAGCUACAUUUCAGAAUUGUCUUAAGAGACUCCUAAAAAUUACCCACAGAGAUGAUGUGUCCUCAAAAACAGACAUCAACGUGUUGGUUGACGAGCUUAUAGCGUUAGAUUAUUCGCAGAAGUUCGUUGAUGAGGAGGAUGCAAAUAAUUUGAUUCGUCACAUUUGCAAGAUAAUACCAGUUUAUGAGGAGCAGAUGUCAGUUAAAGCAUGUCAGAUUAUCCACAGUCUAACAGCGAAACAACAACUUUCAUUGGAACAACAGGUGUUACAGAAUACUACAGAAUUUUUAAUAAGUGCUGUGCAAAGAAUAUCCCACUGGGCUACUGCAGAAAUUCUACAAACAUUGGGAGCUGUUGUUUAUGAAAAUAUAGAUAGGUUAAGUCAGUUCCAUGAAGUGCUGCUUGGAUCUCAAGGAGUGUUGAUUCCCCUGAUAAAAGAAAAUGCAACUAGUGAAGACAUUCUAAAGGGAGCUGUGCAGUGUGUUGAAAACCUUACUUUUAGAGUGUCCAGUGAAGACUACAUGGAGGAUAAGUAUGCUGCUAUCUGCUUUCAUACAUUGCUGGAGCUUUUACACCGAGUUCCUGUGGCCAAUAUUGAGUCCGGAAUACAGUGCAAGAUUCUGAUAUGUAGUUUACGAGGACUGCAGAAUUUGCUGACAGCAACCAAAAUAAUGCCUUCUGAAAAUCUUGGACCAUUGCUUGCAGGAAUAAGGGCCUUUAUGUUCCAUGGCCUGCCUGGUGCUCCUGUCUCUGUCCCUGAAAGCCUGUACCCCACCCCUCUCAGUCAGUAUGACCCCUCCCCAUCAAGUCCAACAAAACCCGAACCCCAGACAAAUGAUGAGUCAUCAGCAAAGUCAGGAGGUCCCAAAAAAUACAAAAAGAAAAAGGCAAAGAAAGGAGCAGAAGCUGCACGUAAUGCAACAGCAAAGUCUUCUCAAGACAAGGAUGAGGAUGAAAAUGAGGAGACAGAGUUGCCAAAGUCAAGGGCUGCAGAAUCUGUGUCUUUCAGACCAAAUUGGGCUAAAAUCAGCAGCUCAGAGUCUGAGUAUUCCGACACUGAGGGUGGUCAGAGUUCAAGGUUGAGGUCACAACAUGCGAAAGUGAGGCAAUGUGCUCUUGCUUGUUUGCAUACAACAAUAAAGAGUAUAAACAAGCGAGUGAUGUUUGGAUACUGGUCAGCGUUUAUUCCGGACUCCAUUGCUGCAGGCAACAGUCCACAAGUCCACACCCUGUUUACUGUUAUAUUGAAGGACCCUUCUCCAAAAUGUAGAAUGGGGGCCCUGGCUGCUUUGACUGCCCUCAUUGAUGGCACUAAAACCCUCAUGGCUACUGCAGAUGACAGUGAACAAAAGUUCACCACAUUUGUGCCUUUCUCUGCCAUUCUGGCCUCCACUAUUCGAGAGCUCCACAGAUGUCUUUUGCUAGCUCUAGUCUCAGAAAACAUCCCCCUGACAUUGACACAGCUUAUCAAGUGUAUAUCCACUCUAAUUGGUAAUGUACCCUACUCCAGAAUGAGGCCUGGUUUACUUAGUCGCGUGGUCAAACAAGUCCGAAAAUUUAUCACCUACAGAGACCCCAAUGUGAGGGUAGCCUGUCUAACCUGUUUGGGGGCGGUGGCAGCCAUACAGCCCCCUCUGAUGGAGAUCUGUCACAUCAUCCAGCCUGCUCGACCCUCUAGUCACACCAGUGUGAGUCGAGAUAUAGACCAUCUCAAUGUAGACUCGGGCAUCAGCAGUGGUAACCAGAGCAACUCCUCACCUAACACUGAAAACAGCAUGAUAGAGGAAAGCAAAGAAAACUCCUCCCCAGGAGUGAGGACCCCAGUGGGAGCUCACUCGGGGAUCCAGACCCCUGUGUACACAGAGGGGAGUCUCAAUGCACAUGCUCAUAGUGUUUCCUGGCUGGUGAAGUUGUGUGUUAGGAAUGUACUGCCCCACACCAGUGAGAAUGGGGAACACACAGAGCCUCUACCAGUAAGGCUAGAGUCCCUACAGGUCCUGGCUCACCUGGCCAAAGGAUACUUCCCAAUCAUAAGAAACAGUCUCCCCGUCCUUUUAGAUUUAAUUCUGAAAUGUUACACGGACCAAGAUCAGGUGGUCCGGUUGCACACCUCAAAGCUUGUGGAUGACCUGACCCAGGCUCUCCAGAGAGAGGUUCAGUCCACAGAGCUGACCGACUCCUCUGGUCGACUCAGCCUACAGCAGGUGACUGAAUUUUGGGUUUCCUUGCUGAAUGGAGCCAUUACAAACAUUCUGCAGACCGAGUCAAACUGUGCAGUGAAGGCUACAACCUGUGAUUGUGUGUCCAACAUCGCUCCACAAGUCUACGCUUCCCUCCCUGUGGACAAGAAAGUAUUGUGUAUCACGUUAAUCCUGGGACUGACGUCAGACGAGGAUAAGAUUGUCCGGUCGUCUGCCCUGAGAACUGUUGGUGUUUUUGUGUUGUUUCCUUGCCUUAAAGAGGAUGUGUGUUUCGUGGCUGAUGCAGCAAAUGCCAUACUGACGUCCAUGGAAGACACAUGUUUGAAUGUUAGGUUUAAGACAGCCUGGUCUUUAGCAAAUCUGUGUGAUGCCCUUGUUAUGAACAAAAUUGAAGGUGACAAUGACUUCAUGAAUGACUUCUCGGACCUGCUGCUACAGAAGUUGUUCACCACGUCUAUAAAAGCUUGUCAGGACAGUGACAAAGUCAAGUCCAACGCUGUCCGAGCUCUGGGCAACAUCCUCAGAUACCUGCCAAUCAGGAGUCUGGCCAAGAGCUCCUUCAGGAUUUCUGUAGAGAAUGGUGUGAGGGCAUUGAUUAAGAACAUCAGCAGUGGGACAAUGAAGUUGCGAUGGAAUGCUUGUUACGCAGUAAGCAACAUGUUUAAGAAUACGUUACUGAAUUUUGGAGGAGCUCCAUGGACGAGGGACCUGAUGAUCACGCUGUGUGGUGUUGUCAAAGACUGCAAGAAUUUCAAGGUGCGCAUCAAUGCAGCCCUGGCCCUCGGCUCCCCCGCCGAGAGAAGUCAUUAUGGCGACUGCAGGCUAUUCGCAUUUGUUUGGGAGAGCCUUGUGAUUGCUUUGGAAACUUCAGAGGAUAUCACCGACUUUGCUGAAUUUAAAUACAGAAAUAAUUUAAACAAUCAGAUUUGUACUUCCAUUUUACACCUGGUGAUCUUGCUACAGGCCAUUGACUUGGACCUCUUACAUCAAGUAUUCUUGGAGAGGUCCCAGGUCAUUGCUGUUCAUUUUGACAGAUUUAGAACCAGUCCUCAAGAUAGCAGCUCAGCCUUAACAGAGGCAGAUUUGAUUCAAGCCAAAGAUCAUCUAUUGACCUUGUUAUCUGGUCACAUGACAGAGGGUCAGAGGUCAGCAUUGUGUCUUCUACAGCAGCUCUGUAGAAUUGAUGAAAAUCUCAAUGAAGAGGAAAGAGUCCAGGAGAAGUCAGCUUUCAAAGAGAUUUACGACUAGUUCUUCUUGUACAAUAUACAGACACCAAUUGUGUUGUAAAGUGCUCCACCACAUAAGUUGUUUGUGUUUAUACACAUGGUGUCUGACUUGAGAUAAAAGUAUUAUUAUGAUUCAUAUUUGUAUGUGUAUCGAUAUUCAUGUAUACAGCUUUACAAUACCUUCCAGACUGUGAUAUGUAAAUAAAUCUGUAGAUUCACUUCAAAUUUUCAAUAAAUCUUCUGCAUGAUUUUGCAAAUGUACAGUGAAGUACAAAGUAAUGCUUGGCCUACUUUCCCUUGUUUUACUUUUGGUUGUUUGCAUCAAAAUAAAAGUUGC